AUGGAUGUGAGCCCAAAUGACCCAAACUUGUUGACCAUUGCAAUCAAACCAGUGAGGUCACCAUUCUGGGGAUUCUACUGUGGCUUCCGUAGGGAGUACAAUACAUUGUUGGACGGUGUAUUGACUCCAGAGGAAUACUCUGACAUUAUUAGUGCAUUGAACGAGUUGCGUGUCACCAAGUCCGAGAAGGCCAAGGUCAUCUCCCUAAUAAUGUUAUCGCGUGGUGCCUACAAUCCAACAAAGAAGGACUUUUACAAGAAGGUUGAGGACCUUUUUGAAGUGGUACAAGAGUUGAACAAUCAAUAUAAUGCCCGUGACAUCCACUUCAAGAUCAUCCAAACACACAACAAAGAAUGUUUAGUCGAGCUACGCUUCAGACCUGUUCGCACCGAUGCCGAGGUCAACAACAAGUACACUCCCAAGGAGAAAGAAUACGAACCAUACCCACUUCACGAUGGAAAGUUCAGCAAGUUAGUCAACUACUAA